CUUUCAAGUGUCUCUUCUCCUCAUCAGCUAAAGUAGGCGGGGCCUCGUCCGACUGCACACUGACACCUGCCUGCCUGUCUGUCUGUCUGUCUGUCUGCCCGGGCAACACCUGGCAGACAAGACCAGGGGGCGGAGCGUGUAUUCUGGCCAGCGCAUGCUCCGCUGUCAUCUUGUUGCAACUCUUGUUAAAAACAAGGACCCUCCUCCUCCUCCUCCUCCUCCUCACCACUAACACUACAACUAGCAGAUCAGGACUCAGACACGGACUCUCUCAGCUGGAUCUUCUUUUGCUGGUCCUGCACUUGUUUCUCUGCUCUGUGAUCGGAUUAGAAAUGCCUCGCUCCUUCUUGGUGAAGAGUAAGAGGGCGCACAGUUACCACCAGCCCCGCAACUUAGAGGAAGACUACAGCAGCAGACUGGACUCGAUUCUGGCGCACAUCUGCUCAGAGGCGGAGAAACUCCCGGCUGACACUGACAUGACUGCAGACAGCUGCGGCUUCUCGCAGGACUUUUCCCCGCUGUCUCCGCUCAGCUGCGGCAGCAGUGAGUGCGCUGCUUCCCCGGACUACGAGGAUUUCUGGAGGCCUCCGUCUCCAUCUGCGUCACCGGACACUCAGUCAUUCACAGUUCCCUUGUUCCGGCCUUACGCGUGGAGCAGCUUCGUGGAGGAGCGGCCAGGCCUCAGGAGAAGAACUCCCAGUCCUCCUUCUCUUCCUGCGCCUCUGGUCCUGCAACACAGUCUGCUGGAGACCGGGCUGCAGGAGGCUUUGGCGGACAGAAGAAGCCCGACAGCAGCCGCAGCAGUGAUGGCAACGUUUUUCAGAGAGCGUCAGAGUGCUGCUCUGUUCUCUGCCGAGCACUUCAUGAGGGAGCAGCAGGAGCAGCAGCAGCAGCAGCAGCAGCAGGAGCAGGAGAAGGAGGUGUAUGGAGGAGACUUCAGGAGGAGACAGGCCGCCGCCGCAGCAGCAGCUGCCGCUCUGCUGUUUCCAGACCGAGGCCUGAACCAGAGCGGCUGCAGAGUGAAGACUCAGACUGAGCUGCUGUGCCCCAGUCUGAUGCUGAGUGGAGUUUACAAGUGCAUCAAGUGCAGCAAGGUGUUUUCGACUCCGCACGGUUUGGAAGUUCAUGUCCGCAGAUCACACAGCGGCACGAGGCCGUUUGCGUGCGAAAUAUGCGGCAAAACCUUCGGUCACGCAGUGAGUUUGGAGCAGCACAAAGUCGUGCACUCGCAGGAGAGAAGUUUCGACUGCAAAAUCUGCGGUAAAAGUUUCAAGCGCUCCUCCACUCUGUCCACACACCUGCUCAUUCACACCGACACUCGGCCGUACCCGUGUCAGUUCUGCGGGAAGAGAUUCCACCAGAAAUCUGACAUGAAGAAGCACACGUUCAUCCACACAGGUGAGAAGCCGCACAAGUGCCAGGUUUGCGGCAAAGCUUUCAGCCAGAGCUCGAACCUCAUUACGCACAGCAGGAAACACACGGGGUACAAACCGUUCGGCUGUGACCUGUGCGGCAAAGGUUUCCAGAGGAAGGUGGACCUGAGGAGACACAAGGAGACGCAGCACGGACUCAAAUAAUCCCACAUUUCCCGCAACAUGAAGGCGUUUCAAUCCCUGGGACAAUUAUUGUGAUCAUCUGCAGAGUCUAAAACCACAAUGAGAAAAUAUACUAUUAUUAUUAUUAUUAUUAUUAUUAUG